AUCUCGCCUUGUUGUAUAUAAAGGUGAUCUGACUUGAAAAAUCAACUGAGUUGUUUUCUCUCUACAAACAAGAAACAAGAAUGGAGACAUAUAAGCGCUUUCCUAUUUUAUUGAUCCUAGCGUUAGGACUUCCCGCCAUUUUUGGACUUGUGCAGGAAAUACCGAAUCCCGCCGAAUUGUUGGAAUGCUUCUGGUACAAGUCGUUGAACACCAGCGUGGCAGAUGUUCCCGGGAAACUCAUAGAGGAUUUUUGUCUCCGUAAAUAUUCCCUUUCUCAGUAUAGUGAAAAUACUCAGAAGAAUAUUAGUGCCGAGGGCGUUCGCUACUUGGAUUCUCUUUUCCGACAAAUUAAUGCGGAAAUCAGACUGACGAGAAACAAACGUCAAGCCACCGCUACGUGGCGCUAUAGGCGGGAGAUUCGGGCAUUGUCUGCAAGGCAGCGCAACAGAGUAUUUGGUUGUUUCAAUCGACUUAAACGAGAUUAUACGAUUGACAGAUCAAUGAACACUUAUGAUUUAAUCGGUUCUCUACAUUCCGGACAAACUUCCGCCUUGAUGCAUAACGGACCGAAUUUUCUCGGGAGACACAAUCUUUUCGUCCUAGUAAUGGAAACUGCGUGCCGGACACCUCUGCCAUACUGGGACUUUACGUUGGAUGGAGAAAUGAACGACCCUUCCGCUUCCGCUGUGUGGUCGAAUACAUUCUUCGGAAACGGAAACGGGGCAGUGAGAACAGGAUUUUGCGGCAACUGGGUUACACCACUAAACACGCCAAUAAUUAGGAAUGUUGGAGCAGGUGGUAUUCGUAUUCCGGGAAAGCAGGCAAUCCGAGCUCUACUAAGCCGCUUAAGGACCAGCGAUAUCACAGAACCACAACCAGCUAUGAGUAUGUUUUCCAUAGAGGUUCAUCACAAUGCUGUUCACAACAGUAUUGGCGGCCAUUUUUCAGCCCUCGACACUUCAACAUUCGAUCCCGUUUUCUGGUUUUUACACGUAAUGUUCAGCUACAUUUGGUACUUAUUCAAAAACAACCAACGGAGUCGCGGAAUCGACCCCCAGCGGGAUUACCCAAGAGGCCCUAAUGUACCACCUGGCCAUGAAUUUUUCCAAACAGUAAACUUUAUGCCUUUCCACCGUCCCAUGACAAAUCUGGAAACCUUCUCAGAUCGUUUCGACAGAAUUGUUAGAUAUGAUCCCUUGCUUACAUGUCAAAGAUGUAGGGGGAACCCCUAUCUCGCCUGUGUUCGAGGAACUUGUGUAGCAAGGUCUAGGAGACGCGGUGGAACCGUCAUCCCAGGAAUCGUUACACCUGUUCUGGUUAGAGGGAAGCGUAGCGUACAUACACAGGACAAAGUGAUUCAAGAUAAGUCGGCUUUUAUUCAAACUCAUGAGGAAGCCAUUUCAACACUCGACAUAUCUUAUACUAACACCUUUAUAGUAAAUGGUUAUUACGCUCCUAAAGAUUGGGUAUAUCUAAAUAUACGUGUAUUGUAUGAAAGACCACGAGGGCUCCAUUUCAACUCGAAUGAGUCAUUGUACGACAAUGAUAUGCAUGAUCCGUCGAGUUUCCAUGAUUCUGGAAAAGGAAUUGGAAUCCAAAACCGUGUUUUGUAUAAGCCAAAAUGUGCGCCCGCGGGAUCCGGGGCGACAAAGGUCUUUGUUCGGUCGAAUGGUCUAAAUUACCACGGCACAUACAAAGAAUUUUCCAUUGUAGACGAACGACAGGCUGUUUCUGCAACGACAGUACAAGUAGCUGUGCGAAAACCUACAGAUGAAAACACAGAGACCUAUUUGUCUGCCUACGAUACCUGUGGCCGAGUAUGUCGACCUGCCUGUCCUGUUAGGGACAGAUCUUCCACUGUUUACAAAGCCUGCUCCGGAAGCUUUAAAAUUUCCACUGAAUAUCCAUUGAUGUAUAGUCAAUCUUACGAGGCUGCCAUCAGUUCUCUUUGGCAUCUCAGUUUAGAUGGAAAAGGUCCCUUAUUCAGAAACACAUUUUCUCCUAUUACUUUCAUAUGUGAUCACCAGAACUCAUGGCCGUGGGCUUCAAGCUAAGGCUAAUUUAUUGAGCAAAUAUGAUUUGCAUAUUUUUAUUUAAGAUAUCCUGAUGUUAUUAUAUUUCUUCAUAUCAAUUUUGCCUUUAAAAGGAAUCUGAACUUUAUUCAUGGUAUGUUACAAUGUGAAGCAGGUGAAUCUAUUUUCCUAAAUAUCAUAGUCUGUUAUUCAAUGUUGUUGUUUACAUACUGUAUUUUGAUUGUGUACAGCGUUGUCAUUGCAUGUGACUUUCAUACAGUUUUCAUUGUUAAAGAGUUUUGUCGAAUAAAAGUGAUUAAGAAAAAG